GGAAAAGGUAGAAGCAGAAGAAGGAAGCCCAAACCCACCUGCGUCGUCUCCUCUCUACAUCGUGGAAGAAGCCUGUCACUCUCGCCGUCGAGCAAGAAAGAAUAAGAAGGACAGCAGUACAGGAGCUCGGUCAGGGGGCAGAAACCAGGAGCAAUAUGCAGAACGAUAAGGACGGCAGGAUGAUGACAAAACGCAAAACCAGAAGUUCUUCCAAAUUAAUGGAUGAAUCUCGAGGAAAGAAAGGUAGAACUGAAGAUGGUGUGAUCCAGAUUGAUGGUGAUUUGCAGGCAGAUUGGAAUGACUUAGUUAGGAAAGGCCGUACCAGAUUUUCUUACUUGCAAUUCGCCAAGAAGGGUGAAACAAAGUUUACACUUCCAACGGUUCUCAAGUACACUAGAGAGGAAGUGAACCUUGCCCACUACAUAUUUGCGAAGGAUCUUCCAGAAAAGGAAGUCCUGGUCGAAACCAUGAUGCAAUCCUAUACACGACAGGUGUUGUGGUCCCUCUGCCCUAAGUCUAAUGUCGCUGAUGAUGUAAUUACAGCCAUGGCUUGCCAAUUGAGCCUGGCGGAAGUUUGG